GAAGAAAGAAGAAGAAGCAGGCAAAAUAGUUUGCAUUACAUUUUGACCUCCUAAUUUAUUAGAAAAUUUAUCUAUUUUUACGAAUACGGGAGGCGCAAUGGAUUUUGAGCAAAUCUGCCGUCUUUGUGCGGCAGAAAAACUCAAACUGAGAGACAUUUCCGGUGACGAACGGCACGCACAACUACCCGAUCAGCUGCGGACCAUUCUGCAGGUGCAGUACGACGAAAACGAUGCGCUACCGCAGAAGGUCUGCAAACCGUGCGUUACUGCGAUGCAGCGGAUACAGGACACCCUGGAGGAGUACCGCGCCAACGACAUGCGAAUGAGAAAACAGCUUCUCGGGCUUGAGGAGGUUGAAGUCAAAUUGGAGGAGCUGGAUGGCAGUGGUGCGGAUAAGCCCUACAACGUGAAAGAUGUAAAAAUCGAAGUCCUGGAGCAACGCUUUGAACUGCAGUCCCCCACUGAGGAGAUAGAGCAAGCUGAAGAAUGGUUGGAGGACGAUUUCGCUGCUGAGGCGGAACAGUCCGUAGAAGAUAAUAUGAGCGAAUCGUUGCUCACUGAUGUUAAUCAGGAUUCCAUUGAAGUACUCGAAGAAGAUGAGACCCCAGAGAAACCUCCAGCUCUGAAAAGGAAGCGAGCCGCAAAUUCCUCAGAGCCAAAGAAGCAACGUCGGAAACGAGGGUCAAAACAGCCGGAAAAUCCGAAUCGGCCACGAUUGAACGAUUUCAAAUGCUACAUUUGUAAAAGCGAUCCGCUUGGUUCGGCUAAAGAUCUGCUGGAUCACCUGGCGAUCCAUAAUGAUCAGCUGCCAUACACGUGUACGCUUUGCGUUCAGGAACCGAUCGAAAUCAGACAACUACGAUCGCUGAAUCUCCACCUGAAGAUGCACGAACAACCAAUCAAGUGCGCCUACUGUGAUCGCCGUUAUACCAACGAGCGUGCUCGUGAUUACCACGUGCAGUCGUUCCAUUUGGGCGACAAUGCUCCUUGUCCGUCCACGUGUGACCUGUGCGGUAAGGUGUGUCCUUCGGCUUUGUCGCUGAAGGCACACAGAAAACGGCACACUAUUUCCUUCAAUUGCGAAUUCUGCUCGAAAGGAUUCGCGGAAAAGUCCAAACUCAAGCGGCAUAUCUCGCGGGUUCACGAGAGGAGCGGCAGUUAUGAGUGUACGAUGUGUGAUAAGCGUCUGACCACGAUCGACGCCUACGAGCAUCAUGUACGGACGAUCCACGAGGGUCGGCGAGACCACGAGUGCGAAGUAUGCGGCCGAACAUUUACAACGGCCGCCUUUCUGCGGAUGCACCAGAAGCAUUACGAGGGUGGUGUGUGUAAACCAAAGAACAACUGGACCCCUUACUACACCACCCGCAUCAACGAAGAAGGCAUUAAGCUGUACAGCUGUAAACUCUGCCAAAAGGAGGACAUGCGGGCGAUUAGUGAACACCUGCGAGUGCACUUUCCCGAGGAGUACGAAUGUCCAAUCUGUUUGAUCAAGCUCCCGCGGAAAUCGUCCUUCGACCGGCAUCGAUUGACGCAUAGCGAAAUCACCCACCACUGUUUCAUCUGCAAGAAGAGUUUUCUCAGCCCUCGGAAGAUGUCCAGUCACUUGGCCAAAGCGCACGGCAUCGGGCAAAUUCUGGAGACCGGGACCGAGCUACCACUGGUUUCCGACGAGGAAAUAGAGUUUGACGUCGUAGGUUAAGCGGUAAGUUUUUUUUUCUUUAAUAAACUUUAUUGUGAUCGGUG